ACGGACACCCGACCACGCCGGCGCCCGACACCGAGUUCAUCCCAACUUAUUUAUCCAAUCAUUGGCCGAUUGUAGUCAGCGCACCGAGUCUUUGUCUUGACGCCCUUCUCAGCUGCUAUCAGGAUGCCUUUUCAGACUACAUUCACCUUGGCCAAACGUCCUAAAGGCUGUCAUCUGGUGACCGAAGAAGUUGCCAGGAACAUUAAAGAAGGACUCAAAAAUUGCGAUAUAGGCGUGGCACAUUUUUUCAUUCAACAUACCAGUGCGGCUUUGAGCAUCAACGAAAAUUAUGAUUCCGAUGUUCGAAAAGAUAUGGAUAUGGCUCUUGAUCACAUCGUUCCCGAAAGCUUGAAAUGGAGACACACAGACGAGGGGCCAGACGAUUCUGUAUCUCACACCAAAGCCUCGUUAAUUGGCUCCAGUAUUUCGGUACCAGUUACCAAAGGCCAGUUGAAUUUGGGUACUUGGCAAGGAAUAUACUUAACGGAAUUUAGGCAUCUUCCACACAGCCGAAGGGUAGUUUGUACAAUUGUACCUUGAAUCAAGUCCACUAUGAAGAAAAUAUUUUGAACAAAAGAUUCUGAUGCAAAUACUUAAGAAGAGAGCCCUGUGAUUAACCAAGCAACAAAACUUACCACCGUAGCAAGGCAGUCAAUGAAGCUGCUUUACCCUAAAGUUUCUGUGGGGUGGAAAAGUCACUCAUACCUAUUUCCAAUCCAUACUGUCUAACAUAGUCAAAUGCUCAAAGAAAAUCUUCUUGGGGCAAAUUGUAAGGUUAUCCAUUUAGACCUUGUAGCUGCAAAUUACCUAUAUUAGUGAAUUUGUCAGCUAGCCACAAAUACCCCCUUUUCAGUCACAAGAUACAUUUGCCUAAAGGUGCUAAGCUUU